GAGCUAUUUUUAGCAAGAGAAAAAACAAUGUUUAGUGAUUGCAUAUUUUUUCACUUCCUUUUUUUUUUUUUUUAUUUCCCCCUUUCUUGUGAAAUGCUCUCAAUAUUUUUAUUGCUGAAAUUAUUUUGCCAAAUAUUUUGGACAACAAAUUAUCAAAUCUUCAGCUUCUUCAUAAAUUGUGGCUAUUGCAAAUGAAUAAAUUAGAUAUUUUAAGUGGCUUUUUUUUUCUCUCACUAUCAGUAGCUUUCUGACACAUUGUGUCACUGCAGCUCCCAUUCAGAAUGUAGCAGUUGAGGACACAAUUUGGAAUUGUACAGAAGGGCAUGAGGCUGCAUCAGAGUGGUUCAGGCUGGAUGUUAGGAAAAGGUUCUGCCCCAUGAGGGUGCUCAGACACUGGAACAGGGUCCCCAGGGCAGUGGUCACAGCACUGAGCCUGUUGGCAUUCAAGAAGUGUUUGGACAAGGCUCUCAGACACGUUUGGUGUUUGGAUGGCCCUGUGUGGAGCCAGGAGUUGGACUCAACGAUCCUUGUAGGUCCCUUCCAGCUCGGGAUACUCAGUGAGUCUAUGAAAACAAACAAGAAAUGUGUAUGAAUAAAAAGUAUGUGAUUUUCAAAGCAAUGCAAAUCUCCAAAUAAUCUUUUCAGCAUUUUGCAUUAGAAAAUAUUUACAAUACAGCAAUUUUGAACAUAACUGUGGUGUUGUCUUGCGAUGGAAACUAAACUGUUUAGAGAAUACUUAUUUUCUGGAAAAUUAUAAAACUACUGUGUUUUAAAGAAACAAAAUCAAUAUGCCUGAGUUGUACAUCUUGCUGUUAAUACUCCCUGUUGAGGAUAGCUAAUAGCUUUGCGGAGUGUAACAACGUUUGCUGGCUACUUUUUGGGAUGUGGAUGUGGUACUAAACUUUGUCUUAGGAGCAGUCUGUUCCUUCAUUGGCUGGUGGAAAAAAGUGGAAGUCAUCUGUGGUGGGGAAGUCUGGAAUAAGCUGAUUUUUGUUUUGUAACAAUAUGGAAGCUCAUAGAUUCCUUAUCUCUAGCAACCCACAACCUGGUAAAAGUAGUAGUUACUUUUAAUGAGUCAAGUCCUUCCACUGUCUUCUUUUUUAUGCAAAAUAAUUAAAGGUGCUUUCCUAAUUCUAGUUUCUCCCCUAUCCUUAAAAGAAAACUUGCAAAGCACUGGCAGUCAUCUGACAUAAUAAAACUACUACAAGCUUCCAGAAGGCCGUCUGUUCUGGGUUUCUGUUGCGCAGUGAUAUUAGCCCUGUUUAUCAGCAGGCAACAUGCCUGUGCCAUGUUUUGCUCAGGCUUGCGUUAUUUCCUUUAAUGCAGUGACACAUUUCACACAGUGGACAUUAUAGUUAACUGCACUGGAAGUGGGAUUUCACCUCUAGCAUUUUCCUGGAAAAUUCUGAAAUACUUCAUCUCAGAUACAAGAAAAUGAGAAAUAUGACAUUAGAAAUACGACAUUAGAAAUACUGUAUUUCUUGAUGGCAGGAGAGAGGAGGAAGAGAGAGAGAGAACAUCUGUGCAAGUUAGUCGCAAAUUGAUUCAGAUCUCAGAUUGGAUGAAAUUUAUGGGUUCUUAUUAAAUGUUUAAGGAACAUAUAUCAUAUAUUUAUGUCUUACAAAGUAUUUUUUGUUACUGACCCUCUCCCCCUCCUUCAUGAAAAUGAUGCUUAUCAGUGAACUUCAAGUUUGCCUGGCAGUGUGCUGAAUAUUGUCAUUCUAAGAGGUUAAUGCUCAGAAGUUGUUAUUAAUUAUGGAUGUUCUCCUGUUUGACUUUUAUGAUGUGUAAAAUUUAAAUCUUGUGACAGUUCAGGUGCUUAAUGUUGCUCAUUUUUGGCUCUACUAUUUCUAUAUCCAUAUAAAUACAAAAAAUAAUGUACAUAUAUCCAUAUAUUAUGCACAAAAUAAUGAAACACAAAUACAACGUGCACAGAGUUUUGAAUCACACUGCUGCACAAAGAACUACAAUUAAUUCUAAGUGUGCAUGUGUACAUGUGAGACACAAUUUACUCUUCCAAGCCACUCUCAGCAAUGUACCUGUGCUCUUAUACCUUGUCCGUGGGCAGUGAAUAUGUACUUUGCCUUUUUGCGACAAAUUUGAUGUGCCACUUGCGGGGAGUCAGCUACUCCCCUUGCUGGGUGAGUGACAAUCUCACCAGUAUAAAAAGGCCCCUUGGGGCGGACUGUGCUGGGUGUAGCUGAUAGAGCAGCAGAAAGAGGGCUUGCUCUAGGGACUGCAGCCAGAAAUCCUGUGCUGGGCUGUAGCUACCAACAGGUCUAAGCUGCACAAAAUGCGUGAAAUCGUGCAUCUUCAGAUUGGCCAGUGUGGAAACCAAAUUGGAGCAAAGUUCUGGGAGGUGAUAAGUGAUGAACAUGGAAUUGAUAUCGCUGGAAACUACCAUGGGGAUGCAUCACUGCAGCUUGAGCGAAUUAACGUGUACUUCAACGAGGCUUACUCCCAUAAAUACGUACCCCGGUCUAUCUUGGUGGACCUGGAACCUGGUACAAUGGACAGCGUACGCUCCAGCAAAAUAGGCCCACUAUUUCGACCUGACAAUUUUAUUCAUGGUAAUUCAGGUGCUGGAAACAACUGGGCUAAGGGCCAUUACACAGAAGGAGCUGAACUGAUUGAAAAUGUCAUGGAUGUGGUCAGGAACGAGUGUGAGAGCUGUGACUGCCUUCAGGGGUUCCAGCUCAUCCAUUCACUUGGUGGUGGUACAGGCUCAGGUAUGGGCACGCUCCUCAUCAACAAAAUCAGAGAAGAAUAUCCGGACAGGAUUAUGAACACCUUCAGUGUUGUGCCUUCCCCCAAAGUAUCCGACACAGUCGUAGAGCCAUAUAAUGCCAUCCUCUCCAUCCACCAGCUAAUAGAGAAUACAGAUGAAACCUUUUGCAUUGACAACGAAGCGCUAUACGAUAUAUGUUUCAGAACUUUAAAGCUCACCAAUCCCACCUAUGGUGACCUCAAUCACUUAGUGUCCCUAACGAUGAGCGGUGUCACAACCUCGCUCCGUUUUCCUGGCCAGCUGAACGCAGACCUGCGGAAGCUGGCUGUUAACAUGGUGCCCUUUCCUCGCCUGCAUUUCUUUAUGCCAGGCUUUGCUCCACUGACGGCUCGAGGUAGCCAACAGUACAGAGCCCUCUCGGUGCCAGAGCUUACUCAACAAAUGUUUGAUGCGCGCAACAUGAUGGCAGCCUGUGACCCCCGUCGUGGGCGUUACUUGACUGUGGCUUGCAUCUUCAGAGGCCGAAUGUCUACCAGAGAAGUGGACGAACAGUUGCUGGCUGUCCAGACCAAGAACAGCUCCUACUUUGUGGAGUGGAUCCCUAACAACGUCAAAGUGGCUGUGUGCGACAUACCGCCGCGAGGGCUGAAGAUGGCAGCUACCUUUAUUGGCAAUAACACAGCCAUCCAGGAGCUCUUCAUCAGGGUUUCUGAACAGUUCUCAGCUAUGUUCAAAAGAAAAGCAUUUCUCCACUGGUACACUGGUGAAGGCAUGGAUGAGAUGGAGUUUUCAGAAGCAGAGGGAAACACCAACGACCUUGUUUCCGAGUACCAACAGUACCAAGACGCCACUGCAGAUGUUGAGGAAUAUGAAGAGGUAGAAGUGGAAGCUAGUCCAGAAAAGGAAACGUAAGAACAAUGACAACAUGAAAACAUUCUCCAGAUAAGCCCGUUGUCAUUCACUAAAGAAAAAGCAGUAGCCAUCAACUGCAUACCAAAAAUAACACUUAGAUUUUUUCCUCUGUAUCUGGCCAAAGUAUAUCCAGUAUUACAAUACGAUGCUUUUGAAAUUAACAGCGGCUAUGCUUUACUUUCCUAAACAACUGUUGACACUGAAUCUCUCCCAGAAAAGAUCCACUAUGAAGGCAAGUACCCUCAUAACAGCCUUUCUUGUAUAUGUAUUCACUUUUUGAAUAUUAUUGCUUGACACAAUGUAAUAUAGUCUGUGUAUGUACAUGCACAUAUGUGCGUAUCAAGAUCAUAAGCAACAGCAAAAUAUGCUAUCAACUCAUCAGUUAUUUAUUUUCAGGUAACCACAGUCCAUGCCUUGUUUAUGAACUUGCUACUGUUUUAGGAACACAUACACAUCUGUAAGACCUAUAAAGGCAGUAUCUAUUUUAUUACGCACUCUGCAGACAGAACUUCACCUAGAGCCAUUCAAGUUCACGUUGGGGGGUGAAGGGAGAAAAACAGAGCAGGACAAGACUAAAUAUGGACAUUCUUUUUUUUUCUUUUUUUAAUAGUUCUAUAACAUUGCUGGUCUAUAUUAUUGCAGAGCUCAUACUCAUCGUUGUGUGAUUUUUCCCUUUCAAACUAUAGCUUGAGUUAUACUAGCACAAAAAAAUUGCGAACACUGUAUUUUGGUGUGGUAUUCCCUCCCCUCUACCCUAAUUAUUGUAAAUUUUCUUCCUAUCACUUCGUACAGCAAAAUGGAUGGAAUGGUUUGCAGCUAGAGACAUAAGUUCAACAGCAAUCAUUAGAUAAUACCUUAACAAAAAGUCUUAUGCCCUUCAUAGCCACUGUAUGUAUAAUACUCUUUAAAAUAAAAAUAUAUACCAAUAC